AUGUCCAAUCUACUAAAUAAUCCUGUUGAAUCAUUAUCUUUAUUUGAUAUUUCAUUCCUUACUUUGGAAGCAGUCUUAGAAGUUGUUAUAAUAUGUUUUGCGGGUUUUUUUGCUGCCAAAACCGGAUUAUUAAAUAUUCAAGGGCAAAAAGUAAUUAGUGCUUUAAAUGUUGAUUUAUUCACUCCUUGUCUUGUUUUUUCCAAAUUAGCAUCUUCAUUAUCAAUUUCUAAAAUUAUAGACAUUGGAGUUAUUCCUAUCUUUUAUGCCGUAUCAACUGGUAUUGCUUUUAGUUGUUCAAGAAUUACUGCAUAUUUAUUAUCUUUAAAUGAACCAGAAUCUGAUUUUGUAACUGCAAUGGCAGUAUUUGGUAAUUCUAAUUCUUUGCCAGUUUCAUUGACUUUAUCUUUGGCUUAUACAUUACCUGAUUUAUUAUGGGAUGAUAUUAAGAAUGAUAAUAAUGAUAAAGUUGCUGGAAGAGGGAUUUUAUAUUUACUUAUUUUUCAACAAUUGGGUCAAGUUUUAAGAUGGUCGUGGGGGUUUAAUACAUUAUUAAGAAGAAGAUCUCAAGUGGAAUUAAAUACAUAUUAUACAAAACAUGGAGCACAAAUCCAUAUGACUAACAUAGAUGAAGAAACCAGUCUUUUAGCCAACCAAGAAAGAGACGAAGACGCAUUCUACAUUGACCAACAACAACCUUCAAAUGAAUCCAUUAUUUCCUCAAUUGAAAAUCAAAAUGUUGCUACUACUGAUAAUUCGCCUUGGUAUUCAAAAAUUGUCCAAAUCAAACCAAUAGCUCAAUUCCUUGCCUUUAUGAAUCCUCCAUUAUAUGCCAUGUUAAUCAGUGUUGUAGUUGCUUCAGUGCCAUAUCUUAAAGACAUGUUCUUCACCAAUACAGAUUCAUUUGUUCAUAAUACCCUUACAAAUGCAAUUAUUGGUUUAGGUAGUGUUUCAAUUCCAUUAAUUUUAAUCGUUCUUGGUUCCAAUUUAUACCCAUCUCAAGAUCUCCCACCUGCUUCAAAACAUUAUACAAGAAUCUUAAUUGGUUCAUUAUUAUCGAGAAUGAUCUUACCUUCAAUAAUAUUACUUCCAAUAAUUGCCCUUUGUGUUAAAUAUAUAAAUAUUUCAGUAUUGGAUGAUCCAAUUUUCUUGAUUGUUGCAUUUAUUUUAACGGUAAGUCCUCCAGCUAUUCAAUUAUCUCAAAUCAGUCAAUUGAAUGAGGUUUAUCAAAAAGAAAUGGCCGGUGUUUUGUUUUGGGGUUAUGUUGUUUUCACAAUACCUAGUACGAUUUUCAUUGUUGUUAUGAGUUUAGAAGUGUUGGAUUGGGCAAAGAAAGGUUAA